UCCCUGAAAUUUACGUCACAUUUUAGAUGCUGCACAUAUUAACAAAGCGCAUUCGUAGAUGAACUACGUUAAAGUUAUAUUGUUUGUAUGAAGUACAACAUAGCUUGGGCUCGUGAAGAAAAUCAUCCUCUCCUCGCGAUCAAAACGCUCAAGUACUGCUCUUUUCCUCUUUACCCAUGACACCCCGCGCUCGGUUACAACGCGGAAGUACUGCCCAGUGACUAGUUUCGCAGGCACUCAAUAUUACGUUACACCAUUUACUUUAAACUUUUUGUUUCGGUACCGCAGGACGGAUAAGAGGAGGUUUAUAAAAAUAGAGGACAGCGGAGAUGGCGGACAGUGGGGAUACGCCGGAAUCCUGUACCGAUCCCAAAAUCAUCAAAGUGACAGUCAAAACUCCUAAGGAGAAAGAAGAGUUCGCCGUGCCUGAAAACAGCACCAUCAAACAGUUUAAAGAGGAAAUCUCCAAGCGCUUCAAGACUCACACUCAGCAGCUUGUGCUGAUCUUCGCGGGGAAGAUCCUGAAAGAUGGCGACCUGCUCACACAGCAUGGCAUCCACGAUGGACUGACUGUUCACCUGGUCAUCAAGAGCCAGAAUAGGUCCCAGGAGCCUGCAGCCGCGCCCCCCAGCAGCGGAGGUGGCGUAUCUUCAGAGCCUGGUAGCACAGUGUCCUCUACACCUGCCCCACCCUCCAGCACCCCCAUCAGCCUGGGUGGAUUGAGUGGACUUUCUGGCCUGGCUGGUUUGGGCCUGAAUACAGCGAACUUCUCUGAGCUGCAGACGCAGAUGCAGAGGCAGCUGCUGUCGAACCCGGAGAUGAUGGCACAGAUAAUGGAGAACCCGCUGGUGCAGAACAUGCUGACCAACCCAGACCUUAUGAGACAGCUCAUCCUGGCCAACCCACAGAUGCAGCAGCUGAUCCAACGCAACCCAGAGAUCAACCACAUGCUGAACAACCCUGACAUCAUGAGACAGACGCUGGAACUGGCCCGGAACCCUGCCAUGAUGCAAGAGAUGAUGCGUAACCAGGACCGAGCCCUAAGUAACCUGGAGAGCAUCCCUGGGGGAUACAGUGCCCUGCGCAGGAUGUACACUGACAUACAGGAGCCCAUGAUGAAUGCUGCACAGGAGCAGUUUGGGGGAAACCCAUUUGCCUCGCUGGUGAACAACUCCAGCAGUGGAUCCCAGCCCUCACGCACUGAGAACAGAGACCCUCUACCCAACCCCUGGGCCCCGCCCACCUCCACCAGCACACCCCCGGCCACAUCCAGCACAGGCACUGCCCCGCCCAGUCUGGGAUCUGCCAUGGGAGCAGGCAUGUUCAGCAGCCCUGGGAUGCAGAGCCUGCUGCAGCAGAUCACAGAGAAUCCUCAGCUGAUGCAGAACAUGCUGUCGGCCCCCUACAUCCAGAGCCUCAUGCAGAGCCUGAGCCAGAACCCAGACCUCGCAGCUCAGAUGAUGCUGAAUAAUCCCUUGUUUGCGGGGAACCCCCAGCUUCAGCAGCAGAUGAGGCAGCAACUUCCAGUGUUCCUGCAACAGAUGCAGAAUCCUGAGAUGCUUUCUGCGAUGUCGAACCCACGAGCCAUGCAGGCUCUGCUGCAGAUUCAACAGGGGCUUCAAACCCUUGCCACCGAGGCUCCAGGCUUCAUCCCGGGGGUUGGACUGGGAGGAGUUGGCAGCACUGGUGGUAACCCGGCCCCUGCCCCUGCCCCUGCCCCUGCCCCUGCCCCUGCCCCCGGCACUGCCCCCGGCACUGCCCCCACACAGACCCCUGUCAAUCCCCAGACCGUCUCGGAGGCAGGGCAGCAGCAGUUUGUACAGCAGAUGUUACAGGCGCUUGCCUCUGCCAGUCCACAGGUGCAGAGCCCGGAGGUGCGGUUCCGGCAGCAACUGGAGCAGCUGAGCGCCAUGGGUUUCCUGAACCGCGAGGCCAACCUGCAGGCGCUGAUCGCCACUGGAGGGGAUGUCAGCGCUGCCAUUGAGCGCCUGCUGGGCUCCCAGCCCUCCUAGCCCCCGCAUCUCAGACAUUUCAUCUAUUUUUGAUAAACAGCUGCUGAAUCUCUACAGUCCUGGCUUUACUGCUCCCCACCCUGUAAGACAGAGCGGACGUGAUGAAGGAAACCCAGGCUUGUUUUGGAACAUGUUCACUGCGUUAGUGUCCCUCUGCUGCAGCUUACAGCCCACCACCCCCCCCUCCCCAACGUGGAGCAUCCCUCAGACUGGCAUAUUUGGUUUGUGCUCCUAGCCUAAACUCAUCUAUAUUCAGCAAGAAUCAAAGCACCAGAUGUCCGCUACAGAACUGCGUUUCUCAUCGCCACUAACAGAGCCUUAAAUGCAACCAGAGGUAUUUAUUAAAUCGGUAUGUUAGUUAACACUGACCCUAGAACAGUGUUACUAGAGGAGAUUAAAAAGAAACCAUCUUAAGCUGGGGAAGAUACACCUAGUAAAUGUUUAGUUCACAUCCUGUAAUCAGUUACCCAAUCAAGCAGGUAGCGAGUCACAGACCUCAAAGGAAGACUCAAAAAUACAUAUGUAGGAAGAAGCAGGUUUUGUUUUUCUGCACUGUAGUAGGAAGUGAUGAUGGUGCCGAGUGGGCGGGAUUUCAGAGGGUCACAGUUGUCCUUUGGCCCUCACACAGUGUGUUUUUCCUGGUGUGUUACAGUUGGAAAUUCGUAAGUGCACUUUUCACCCGAAGGGCCACUUUUGAAAAGCCACGUUACUUUUAAACUGCCUUGUACAAAUAUCAAUAAUAAUUACAAUGUACAUUUUCAGUUUUUAAUCAGUAGCUGUUUUCUCCUG